AUGGGCUGCUUGAGCAGAAUAUUGACCCACAACAUCCGAGGAAGUAUAAAGCCAGAGUGUCUUCAUGAAUAUGUAGAUAUUGUUGGAGAUUAUUAUAAUUGUGACCUCUUAAUGGAUGUCAUGGUCACAACAGAUUGUUUUUGGUUUGCAGGAAAUUCAAAUAUGGGUUACAAAGAUGGAUUAGUCAGUUGUAUUAUGGUUCUGUGUUUAGUUUGCCUAGCAUAUAGGGUAUAUGCUGAUAGUUAUUUAAUAGAUUGUGGGGCAACUAGUAAUACUACUAUUGGUAAUCGGGUUUUCCUUGCCGAUAGAUAUGCCGCAAAAUACCUUUCCACUCGUCCAAACAUUCUUGUGAAAACUUUGUCUGAAAACAAUUUGUUGUAUCACACAGCUAGAGUAUUUAGAAAUUUAACGAGUUAUACAUUUCCUAUAAGCCAAACAGGGAGAUAUUUCAUUCGUUUUCAUUUCUUUCCCUUCACUUCCAAGAGUUAUGAUUUGAGCUCCGCAAAGUUUAUGGUUUUUGCUCAACAGUUUAAGCUGCUUAAUGAGUUUUCACCACCAAAAGUUAGCGUUGUUAAAGAAUAUUCAGUUUUGGUGAACACAAAUAGACUUACCAUUCUCAUAGUACCCAACGUAAAUUCCAUUGCCUUUCUGAAUGCCAUUGAAGUCUUUUUAGUUCCGGAUUCAGUGACCACAGAUUACGCAACAUUAAUUAAUCCACUGCCAGGCUACAAAGACCUUGUUACAAUGGCUUUAGAAACACUUUACCGGGUAAAUAUGGGAGGGUCGAAUAUAGACUUUGAUGGUGACAAAUUCUGGAGAAGUUGGAUUCAAGAUGAUAGGUUUUUAGAACAAAAAGACCUUUCUAUAGAUAUCCACAAAAAUGGAGCUGCUAAUCAUACUAGUGGCCUUGUUGCACCAUUAGUUGUCUAUGAGAGUUGUAGAGAACUCAACUCCCAAAAUGAUAUCAUUGCCAACGUGUCAUGGAACUUCAGUGUGAAUCGAGGUUUCCAGUAUUCUCUUCGUUUUCAUUACUGUGAUAUAGUGAGUACAUCUCCGGACGAAUUGUACUUUAAUGUUUAUGUAGAUUCGUUGAUGAUUUCUGAAGACCUUGACCUUACUAGUUUAGCCAAGGGGAGUUUGGAUACUCCUGUUUAUUUGGAUUAUAUCACACCCGAGCUAACAACCAAUACACUUAGGGUAAGCAUUGGCCCAACUGCUGGGGCACAGAACCAACCUAAUGCUAUUUUGAAUGGGUUGGAAAUUUUUAAAGUGAGUAAUGAAGAGAAAAACCUAGAUGAUGAAGCUGAUAUCACUUUAUCGAAUUUAAGUCCCAAGCCCAAGCAGAAGGUCGGUGUGAUAGUGGGGGUGGUUAUUGGAAUUUUGUCCCUCCUUCUUUUGGCUACAAUUUUGUUGAGGUUUUACAAAAAGAGAAGCAUCAAUAAUUCAACUCAAACUGAUGAAUUCGACCCAACCCCAAUCCAGUGUGUGGUUGCGAGUGUUCUUAGGCGUUCUACAGGAGAUGUUGUGUGCAGACUGGAGAAAGUGCUACAAAUAAUGUCUGCAGAGGCUGGCGUAGAACACACGGAUGCUAGCAGCGCAAAUGUUUCUCUGUCAGAUGUCGAGGAUCUUGCUCCUUUGUCUAUAAGCAGGAAGAACUGGAGCAGCAGCAGUGAAGACAUGCACGAUAUGAAACAGGCUUUCUCUCAUGCAGCAAAGUGUAAAUCAGAUCUUGUGAUUUGGGGUUUGAUGUUCUGUGAGCAGUAUAUAUUAUCAUCAAUGUUGAGUAGGAGCCAAAAACAAUUGCUUGUGUUGGAAAAGUUCUUGAAAAACAGGAAGCUGGCACUGCUUAGGAUGUUGCUACACAAACAAAAGCUAUUGCAGGAGUACGCCAAUGCUUUGCCUUAUCUGAAGGGUUGA